AUGAGACUCCAUUUGCUUCUCCUUAUUCUCCUUCUUUUUUCAAUUCUCUUAUCCCCAGUAAGAGGUGGUUUGGGUCCUGCGGAAGGUCAUUGUCUCAAUUUGUCUGGUGUUUGCAGAAGAGAUGUCUGCAAAGUAGUAGAAGAUCAAAUUGGUGCCUGCCGAAGAAGGAUGAAGUGCUGUAGAGCAUGGUGGAUUUUAAUGCCAAUUCCAACACCACUUAUCAUGUCAGAUUAUCAAGAACCCCUUAAACGUAAGUUGAAAUGA